AGCAGCUAAUAAGAACAUCAGCCGAUCUUCAUCUCUAUCUGAACUCUGUCUUAGUGCUGCUCCUCUCACUCUGCCUUAUAAUCGUUGACGUCGCCACUCCUCGAUUCUCACUUUGCUGCUUUAAUUUGUCACCUUCAACCUCUUCCUUGCGUCGAUCGCUUUUCUUCAUUCAAAACUCUGGUCCUUGCUCAAUACCCAGUCCUCGUUGACUACCUCACCGGUCUUCACUCCCACUUUGCUGCUUUGUCACUUUUAGCCUCGCCCUUCAUUCAGAAUUGUGAGUUUUCCACACCAUGGAAGUAGGAGCUGCUCUUGUAGCUUCUACCUUUGAAUGGUUAAUCAAUAAGUUGGAGUCCGAGGUCACUGAUUGGUUUGAAUCAAGAAAGGAGGCACGUGAUGCAUUAGAGAAUUGGAAAAAACUUUUGCCGAACAUACGUGAUGUUCUUGAAGAUGCAGAGAGGAAGCAAUUAACCAAUAAUGCUGUAAAGACAUGGCUUUCAGAGCUUAGAGACAUAGCUUAUGAUAUGGAGGAUGUCCUGCGCGGAGUUGAAGCUGAUGCACGGAGACAAAAAAUGAAUUUAAAAACUUGUGAUCAAGCCAGCACCAGUAGAGCCAGAAAACUUAUCCCAACACCAUCAUGUUUCACUGGUUGUAGCUGUAUUUCCGGUGAUUUCAAGGUUGAUUGGGAGAUUAUGUCCAAGAUAAAGGGCAUUACUGAUCAAUUGGAAAAGAUCCAGGAACGGAGAGAUGCAUUGAACCUGAAAAUUGAAGAUGGAACCAACAGAGCAGUUACACAAAGGAUUCCCACUACUGGGGUGCCUGAAAGUCAUGAUUUUGGCCGGGAAAAGGAUAAGGAUGCUAUUCUUCAAAAGUUGUUAAUUAAUGAAGGUGGUACCAAAUGCUUUUCUGUGAUUCCCAUCGUUGGAAUGGGAGGAUUAGGGAAGACUACACUUGCUAGUCUUGUUUAUAAUGAUGAAAAAUUGGAAGGUGUGUUUGGGCCAAAAGCAUGGGUUUGUGUCUCUGAUGAAUUUGAUGAUCUUCGAAUAGCAAUAUCUAUUUUGGAUCAAAUGAACGUGAAAUCUGAUUCAAAAGAUCCUGUAGUGAUUCACAACAAGCUGAAAGAAAUGUUGUCUGGACAGAAGUUUUUACUUGUACUUGAUGAUGUUUGGAACAACAACUAUCACCUUUGGAACAGAUUACAAGGGCUUUUCAUGUUAGGAGCACCCGGAAGCAAAAUAAUUGUUACAACACGCGAUGAGAAAGUCGCGAAAAGCAUGAGAGGAGGUGAUUGGGUUUAUCAUCUUGAUUUGUUUCCAGAUAAUGAGUGUUUGUCAUUAUUGGCCAGACAUGCACUAGAAACAGAAAAUUUUGAUUCAUAUGGGCAUCUCAAAGGAAUCGGUGAAGAAAUAGUGAAAAAAUGCAAAGGUUUGCCUUUGGCUAUAACAACCAUUGGAGGGCUUCUUCGUGAAGAUCAGUUAAAUCCUAACAAAUGGAGGGAAGUAUUAAACAGUGAGAUAUGGAAAGUAUCAGAAGAGAUAGGUGGAGUUCUUCCAGCUUUGAGAUUGAGCUAUCAUCAUCUUCCUUCUCAUUUAAAACAAUGCUUCGCCUUUUGUGCGAUAUUUCCGAAUGAUUUUGAGCUCGAUGAGGAUGAUUUGGUGCUAUUGUGGAUGGCACAGGGGUUUCUUCGACAACAUCAACAGAUAGAUGGAAUGAAGGAAAUGAAAAGCCUGGGUCAUCAAUACUUCCGUGAUUUGUUAUUGAGAUCAUUUUUCCAGCGAUCACGUAGCAAUUCAUCACUCUUUGUCAUGCAUGACCUUGUGAUGGAGUUAGCUCGAGAUGUUGCUUCAGAAACUUGCUGCCAACUAGAUAUGUCAGUCAACAAGAAACUAGAAGUCACUCGCCAUCUUUCAUUCAUUCCUGGUAGGUAUGAUACUUAUCAAAGAUUUGAAAUGAUGGAGAAAAUGAAGAGUUUGCGGACAUUUCUCCCAACUAGCAGAUAUAGAUGGAGGUUCUUAUCAAAUAAAGUGGUGCAUUAUUUGCUUUCAAACUUGAGAUGCUUAAGGGUCUUGUCUUUUGAUGGUUAUUUCAUAAAGAAGGUUCCAGAUUCAAUUGGAGAUUUGAAGCUUUUGUGCUAUCUUAAUUUAUCUUGGACUAAAAUCCAAAGUCUACCUGAUUCUGUGAGUUUUCUUGUAUACUUACAGGCACUGAUAUUAAGAUAUUGUAUGGAGCUUACUCAGUUGCCAAAGGGUAUCGUGAAUUUAGUUGACUUGCUUCAUCUUGAUAUUGCUCAUACAACGAGACUAAAGGUGUUACCGUCAGGAAUUGGCAGGCUGACAAAUCUUUUGACACUGUCCAAAUUUGUUAUUGGAGGUGGGCUGAGACUAGGAGAGUUGAAAAACUUGAAGCAACUUCAAGGCGAUCUACUCAUCUCAAAUCUACAUAAAGUCUCAGAUUUUCGAGAUGCUAGUGAAGCCAACCUUCAUGAGAUUGAGGGCCUUGAUGAGUUAAUCUUGCAAUGGACUGAUGAUUUCCAAACUUCACGAAAUGUAAGCAAUGAAGAUAAGGUACUUUGUGAGUUGAGACCUCAUUGCAAUUUGAAGAGGUUUACAAUCGAGUUCUUUGGUGGACUGGAAUUUCCAUCUUGGAUAGGUGAUCCAUUUUUCUGCAAAUUGGAGUACUUGGAACUACGUGGUUGUCAAAACAUCACUUUUUUACCACCCCUUGGGCAAUUACCAUUGCUAAAAGAAUUGAUCAUAAGAGGCAUGCCUGAGUUUACUGGAGAUAACUCCUUUUCUGGUAGUUUUUCAUCACUAGAGAAGCUGACAUUGGAGGACUGUCCCAAGUUGAUCGGAAAAUUACCUAGUCACCUUCCUUUUCUCAAAAUUCUCAUGAUUAGAAAUUGUCCUCAAUUAAGUUAUUCACUACUGAGUCUCCCAUCACUUGGAGAGUUGGAAAUAACAGGUUGCAAUGAGGCAGUUCUUAGGAACAUGAUGGACGUCACUUGCCUCACCUCUUUAAUGAUUAAGAGAAUUCCAAAGCUUGCUUGCUUGCCUAAAAGCAUAACACAGUUCUUGACAGCUGUUGAAACAGUAGACAUUAAAGAAUGUGAUGAACUUACUUGCUUGUGGGAGGACGGAGCCAGCCUUGCUAGUCUUAAGUUUCUGAGGAUUCAAGAGUGCCCUCUACUUGAUUGCUUGCCUAAUGGAUUGCAUGCUCUCACUUGCCUUAAGGAAUUGUCCAUACAAAAGUGCAAAAAAUUUGUGCGCUUUUCAGUAACUGGCUUGCCAUUGCAUCUAAAAAAGCUUCAGCUUGAGGAUUUGGUGGUUUUGGAGCCAUUGCUUGGUGGAUUGAUGAAAAUAAGGGAUGGAGGCAACAAUAUGCUGCAGCUUGAAGAACUAGACAUUAAAGGAUGUGAGCAGCUCAAAUCUUUUCACAGAGACAAGUUACCCAGCACUCUGAAAAGGCUGAAAAUCCAAAAUUGUGAAAAUUUAGAGUACUUACCAGAGGGAGUGAAUCUUGAACAUUUGGAGAUUGGCAAUCUCCCAUCUCUAAAGUGUUUUCCUAGUUCCAAAUUACCAAGUGCUCUUAAGAGGCUGAAAAUUAGGGAUUGCAAGCAAUUGGAGUCACUUCCAGACAGGUUGCUACAGGAUUGUACACAACUUGAAGAGAUGUGGAUUGAGCAUGUGGAAAAUCUCAAAAGCUUACCUAUUGACUUCAUGCACAACCUCAGCGGUCUUGUUAAAUUAGAGUUAAAUUCUUGUGAAGGUUUAGAGUCCUUGCCAAAAAUGGACCCGUCGUCUGUCCCCAAUCUUAAAACUUUGAAGAUUCAGAAUUUGAAGAAUCUCAAGUCUUUACCCAAUGAGAUGUGCAACCUUACAUCCAUCCGGUAUUUAGUUAUAAUUGAUUGUCCAGGUAUCGCAUCCAUACCAGAAGGAGGUUUUCCUUUAAACCUAAAAACACUUGAAAUCAGUGGUAAGGGCUUCAGGCAGUUGAUGUUAGAGUGGAGGCAGUCAAUGUUAGAGUGGGGCCUCGACAGACUUACCUCACUUGAAUCAUUCGAAAUUUGGGAGAUAUGUCCUCCGGAUAAUUUGCAGCUUCCGAAGUCUCUAAAAAGUCUUACUAUAUGCAAGAUGAGUAAUUUGAAAUCCAUACCAAAAGUCCUCCUUCAAAACCUCAAUUCUCUCGAGCAUUUAUAUUUUUUUGGGUGCCCAAAGCUUCGAUCCUUGCCUAAGGAAGGCCUACCCACCUCACUUCAACAGUUUCGGCUCUAUGGUUGUCCCUUUCUAAAAGAACGGUGCUUGGAGGAGAAAGGAGUCUAUUGGCCUCUCAUAGCCAACAUCCCUUACGUUGGGCUUGCAGACUAAAUCGGAGUUAGGUCUUCCAGUUGGUAGGGAGUUUUCUAUCAUGCUUCAAUCUUAACCUAUUCAUGGUCCAUUUGUUUGCAAAAAUAAAUUUGUAUUUUGAGAAAAGAUGUUUGAUAUGGAUUCUACCAGAUUCUGGUAUAUCUAUUGAAGUGUAACCUGGAUAAUUCAGCUUUCUAAUAUGUGGGGUUGGCCGUUGGUGUUGUGAAGGCAUUUGAAGAUCAAGGGUCUGAAGAUACAAAACACCUGACUCUAUUGUGAAACUACUUCUGUAGAUGUUGGAAACCAAAUGCAGGACGUGUGGCACAGUGAUGAGCUUUGGUUGUUAAGUUAAUGGUAAAGAGUCAGAGUGGUCUUGAAUAGAAACAUUACUUUGUA